AUGCAUGGGAUGUGGGAUUCUCCGUGGGAAAACAAUGCGAUACCGAAGGCGGAGGAUGGGCCGCCGAUUCUGACCACAACAGACUGGUCGUCCAUCAGCCCAUUCGGUGUACGCAAAAGACUCCUCAAGUUGAAUCUCGACUUGAUCGAAGACCUUGAACUUCUAGAAUCUGGCUCUCUAAUGAUGGGGUCUUCGUCUCUCCUCAGAGGAGAUUCCAGCCCGACGGUUGGGAAACUAGAUCUGCCCAUCUUUCGCAUGCUCAGCCACUCAACCCAAUUCUUGGAAAUUCUCGAAAUGGGCAUUGGCGCUGCGGAAGACUCCUUCAACUUAACCAAUUUUUUCGAUUCAUCUCAAGAGGCACUCAGGAUCAAACACAAUACGAAGCCCCUACCUACAGAUAUCAUGGGGAGCAGUGUGGAGGAUGGCGAAAGAACAACAUCAUCCUACGACUCUGGAUAUUCCUCCAUGAUGGAACCAUCCCAGGAACAAGCAAAAGCCCUAGAGCCUCAAAGAUGCGAUAUAUCGACAGCACUCAGCAUGCUCGGAACUUAUUGCCACCUGGUCCGCGUGUAUCGAGCAGUGUUUACACAACUUUAUCAACUAUUUCUUAUUAUACCCCCUGCCGAUGCUGCUGCGUAUCUACUACUACCGAACUUACGAUUUGGUCAGUUUCACAUGGAUGAAAACUUGACUGUUCAAGUCCAGGUAUUGAUUGAGCUUGGCUCCAGCAUGCUAGUUAAAAUUGAACGAACUCUCGGAAUGUCCCAAGGUUCCACACGAGAGCCAGAUGGUGAGAUAAGUACCAUGAGAUUCAUUUUGGAUGAAAGUCCACUGGUAUAUAUACGAGAUCAUAUCAUGGCACAGGAACAAUUCACACAUGGAAUCCCAUUGAGGGAAACAAUGAACUGUCUUCGGCAACUUCUGAAAGACCCAGUCAACAUGUGA